UUGCAACGUCCCUAUCAGUUCAUGAUCGUCUUCUAUAUAAGUUCGACGGUCACGGGUAGUGUUCGUAUUUACGUGCAACAAUUUUGUAGCGAAUGUUAGUACAUAUUAUGAAAAGCAGUUUACAAAAAAUUUUGCUAUUAGGCUCUCUUGUUACUGUUCACUAUUUUGAUUGAUUUGAAACAUUCGGAAGAUCUAUUGUGAACUACUGCACGUUAAAUACAAAAAUGGGUACUUUUACAAUCAUUUUUACAUUGGUAGCGAUAGGUAUCUCUUGCAUUGAGGCUGUGAAGUCUCCAACAUUUAGCAGUACUUACACAUUAAAAGGAACUUUAUAUAUUCCAUAUGCUGAAAUCCGAGAACCGUUUUAUGCAUGGUAUGAUGGCAAAAGUGGAUCUAGUAGAAUCGAUUACUAUGGAGGAAUGGUCAAGACUUUCCAAUUAUCACAUAAAGGAUCAUACGGGAAAAGUAUAAAAAUUGCUCCAAUAACUACAGAAUCUGUCCUGAAUGAGGAAACAUGUCUUGAAGUAAAUGGUACUAAAGAAAUUAAGGUUCAGCCUCAAGCUAUUAUUCCAGACACAACUGGAAUGGAGUGUAUUGGAGAAGAAGUGAUUAAUGGUUUAUUAUGUGAAAAAUGGAGACUGGAACAGGAGAUUGAUGGAAAAAUGAACAAAUAUACUUUUUGGAUAAGAUAUAAGAAAUCUCCACGUGUACCUGGAUUUAAAGAACCAAUUCCUGUAAGGUAUGAGAUGAAAGGAUUCAAUAGUCUUUUGGGCUCUCACUAUGAUCAUUACUAUCUGGAUUAUGACUGGUACUCUUCUGAAAAACCUAGUUCGGAAGUGUUUGAAGUUACAACAAAUAUGACAUGUGUUGGUUUUCCCGGACCUGGAGACAAACAUGUAUACACAUUUAAUCCUAUGCGUGAGUUUGUUCACAAUUAUGACACUCACGUAAACGAAGCAUUUGAAGAUUUCAAAAAAACUCAUAACAAGGAAUAUGUAAAUCAUGUAGAUCAAUUGAUGCGUAAAGAAGUAUUUAGGCAAAAUUUAAGAUUUAUUCAUUCGACCAACCGAGCUAAUAAAGGCUACCAAUUGAGUGUUAACCAUUUGGUAGAUCGUACUGAGUUAGAAUUAAAAGCUUUACGUGGCAAACAAUACACUGCACAUUACAAUGGAGGACAACCUUUCCCACACGAUGCUGAAAAAGAAGUAACCGCAGUCCCAGAUAGUUUAGAUUGGAGGCUCUAUGGUGCUGUUACUCCUGUUAAAGAUCAAUCUGUUUGUGGAUCUUGCUGGAGUUUUGGUACAACUGGUACUGUUGAAGGCGCAUACUAUAUGAAGUAUGGUAAAUUAGUGCGUUUGUCUCAACAGGCGCUUAUUGAUUGUUCAUGGGGCUAUGGAAAUAAUGGUUGUGAUGGUGGUGAAGAUUUCAGAUCAUAUCAAUGGAUUAUGAAGCAUGGAGGUUUGCCUACUGAAGAUGAUUAUGGUGGUUACCUUGGUCAAGACGGUUACUGUCACAUAAAUAAUGCUACACUGACAGCCAAAAUUACUGGCUAUGUAAAUGUUACAUCGGGCGAUGCUAAUGCUCUAAAAGUUGCCAUUGCUAAGCAUGGUCCAAUUUCAGUCGCAAUUGACGCAUCCCAUAAAACAUUUUCAUUCUAUUCCCAUGGCGUAUAUUACGAUGAGUCUUGUGGUAAUACGGAAGAGAGUCUGGAUCAUGCAGUUUUAGCUGUAGGUUAUGGGAACUUAAAUGGAAAGGAUUAUUGGUUGGUCAAAAAUUCAUGGUCAAAUUACUGGGGCAACGAUGGUUACAUUCUUAUGUCUCAAGAAAAAAAUAACUGUGGUGUAUUAACAGCUCCAACAUAUGUUACUAUGUAAGAAAAAUAAAUGACACUAUCUUUAUUUUUUUAAUAUGAAUGUAUAAGAAAAGUGGUUGUUGAAAAUCGAAAAUAUACAUUCUUUUUUAACGAUAAA